AUGAGUUUACCCUAAUUGGGCAACUCAUCCGGCUGGUUGAGAUGUUUCGAUGCAUUAUUUAUCACAUUUUAAGUCAUGCCAAUAAAGCAUUGUCGUGUGCGACGUGAAUGCGGUAGGCGAAGUCAACCGCAGGACACCGAGCUACUGGAAACGUACUUUACUUCACAAAGUAACCAGAGUACAAAACAACCUCCAAACAGGGAGGAAAAAUAACCCGCACAAUAAGCAACUGCCGAAUGACGAAAAACAAUCACACACAAUACACAAUGAAAGACAGAGGGUUAUAUAGGGAAGACAAUACAACAUCAUUGGGAACAGGUGUACACAAUUAAGACCAAACAAGACAAAUACCGAAACAUAGAUCGGUAGCAGCUAGUACUCCGGGGACGACGAACGCUGAAGCCUGCCCGAGCAAGGAGGAGGAGCAGCCUCGGCUGAAUCCGUGACAAGCAUAUUCAUGUAUGACCUAUAGUACCCUUUCCUGCAGUGAAAUAACCAAAUCGCCCUCUAGUGGCCUCUUGCUUUGAAUGUUAUUAAUAUUUUUCAUAAUUAAUAAACAUUCAUUAAAAAAAAAACCCGCAGAAAAUCUGGUGUUUCUAUGUCAAACGGUUUUGUUAUAUUUCAGUCUUCUACUCAUUCAAGGGUUUUUCUUUAUUUUUACUAUUUUCUACAUUGUAGAAUAAUAGUGAAGACACCAAAACUAUGAAAUAACACAUAUGGAAUCAUGUAGUAACCAAAAAAGUGUUUAUAUUUUAUAUUUGAGAUUCUUCAAAUACCCACCCUUUGCCCUUUGCAUUCUCUCAACCAGCUUCAUGAGGUAGUCACCUGGAAUGCAUUUCAAUUAACAGGUGUGCCUUCUUAAAAGUUAAUUUGUGGAAUUUCUUUCCUUCUUAAUGCGUUUGAGCCAAUCAGUUGUGUUGUGACAAGGUAGGGGGGUUAUACAGAAGAUAGCCCUAUUUGGUAAAAGACCAAGUCCAUAUUAUGGCAAGAACAGCUCAAAUAAGCAAAUAGAAACGACAGUCCAUCAUUACUUUAAGACAUGAGGGUCAGUCAAUGCAGAACAUUUCAAGAACUUUGAAAGUUUCUUCAAGUGCAGUCGCAAAAAUCAUGAAGCGCUAUGAUGAAACGGGCUCUCAUGAGGACCGCCACAGGAAUGAAAGACCCAGAUUUACCUCUGCUGCAGAGGAUAAGUUCAUUAGAGUUACCAGCCUCAGAAACUGCAGCCCAAAUAAAUGCUUUACAGAGUUCAAGUAACAGUCACAUCUCAACAUCAACUGUUCAGAGGAGACUGUAUGAAUCAGGCCUUCAUGGUCGAAUUGCUGCAAAGAAACCACUUCUAAAGGACACCAAUAAGAAGAAGAGACCUGCUUGGGCCAAGAAACACGAGCAAUGGACAUUAGACCGGUGGAAAUUUGUCCUUUGGUCUGGAGUCCAUAUUGGAGAUUUUUGGUUCUAACCGCCGUGUCUUUGUGAGACGCGGUGUGGGUGAACGGAUGAUCUCUGCAUGUGUAUUUCCCACUGUAAAGCAUGGAGGAGGAGGUGUUAUGGUGUGGGGGUGCUUUGCUGGUGACACUGUCUGUGAUUUAUUUAGAAUUCAAGGCACACUUAACCAGCAUGGCUACCACAGCAUUCUCUGUAUGUGUAUCUCUUUGUAUGUGUGUGUGUGUGUGUGUGUGUGUGUGUGUGUGUGUGUGUGUGUGUGUGUGUGUGAGACAGGGUGAUAAUAACACUUAAGUGAUUAACUCUGUCCUCAUUUUAGGGGUUAUUAUCUUAAUAGAUGAAUGUACAGAGGGGCUCAGGGGUGUGUGUCUGUGUGUGUACAGAGUAUUAGCCAGGUAUUAUAACAGUGUUAUAUCUGUCAAAACAACACGUUACACAAUCUCCUUUUUAUAGACAGUACUUUACCUCCCGCCGGGAUAGCAUGUGCUGCAACGUGUGUGGGUGUGUGGGUGUGUGUGUGUGUGUGUGUGAGUGUGUGAGUGUGUGUGUGUGUGUGUGGGUGGGUGUGUGUUGUGUGUGUGAGUGAGUGUGUGUGUGUGUGUGUGUAGUUUGCCACCAUAAGGCACUAUUUUCUGUUGUUGUGAUUGUAUAAGACACUCCUCUGCCAGGUCCAUUAGUUCCACAUAAGACACUCCUCUGCCAGGCCCAUUAGUUCCACAUAAGACACUCCUCUGCCAGGCCCAUUAGUUCCACAUAAGACACUCCUCUAACAGGCCCAUUAGUUCCACAUAAGACACUCCUCUGCCAGGCCCAUUAGUUCCACAUAAGACACUCCUCUGCCAGGCCCAUUAGUUUCAUAUAAGACACUCCUCUGCCAGGCCCAUUAGUUCCACAUAAGACACUCCUCUGCCAGACCCAUUAGUUCCACAUAAGACACUCCUCUGCCAGGCCCAUUAGUUCCACAUAAGACACUCCUCUGCCAGACCCAUUAGUUCCACAUAAGACACUCCUCUGCCAGGCCAUUAGUUUCCAACAUAAGACACUCCUCUGCCAGGCCCAU